GGGCGGGGCUGCCGGGGCGGGGCCGGGGCCGGGACCGGACGCUUUUCGGGAUCGGCGGGGCCCGAGCCGGGCCGGGCCGGGCCAUGGCGAGCUCGGAGCGGAGCGCGCUGCUCACGUACCGCCUGUGCGGCGGCUCGGCCGAGGAGGAGCGGGGCCGGGAGCGCGGCCGGGCCGCCGCCGCCCCCCGCAAGCUGCCCACAUUCCUGGGCGUUGUGGUGCCCACGCUGCUCUCCAUGUUCAGCGUCGUCCUCUUCCUGCGCCUCGGGUUCGUGGUGGGUCAUGCUGGGCUGUACCAGGCCCUGGCGAUGUUCGCAGUGGCAUAUUUCAUCAUUGGCAUGACAGUGCUGUCUGUGUGUGCCAUUGCCACCAACGGGGCACUGGAUGCUGGAGGAGCCUACUAUAUGAUCAGCCGUGCUUUGGGCCCGGAGUUUGGGGGCAGCAUCGGGAUCAUGUUUUUUCUGGCCAAUGUGUGUGGCAGUGCCCUCUAUGUGCUGGGGCUGGUGGAGGCAGUGGUGGACAGCUUUGGGAUCCCACCUGGGCAAGAAACGGGCACAGGCGUCCACGUCCUGCCCCAGAGCUACUGGUACGAGCUGCUCUACGGCACCGUGCUGCUGGCGCUCUGCCUCCUCGUGUGCCUCGUGGGUGCUUCCAUCUAUGCCAAGGCCACCUUCCUCAUCUUCCUCAUCGUUGCAGCUGUCCUGGGCACCAUCCUUGUCAGCUUCUUCGCCACACGGCCGCUGACGGUGCCCAUCCACCUGCCCAACGGCAAUGGCACUGAGACUGAUAACGGCUUCUUCACCGGCUUCUCCCUCAGCACCCUGCGAGACAACCUGGGCGGUGAGUAUAGGGUGGACUACACCACCGGGCAGAUGAUGAGCUUCAGCUCCGUGUUUGCAGUGAUGUUCAACGGCUGCACUGGCAUCAUGGCAGGCUCCAACAUGUCAGGGGACCUGAAGCGCCCGAGCUACUCCAUCCCACGGGGCACCAUCUCUGCUGUGCUCUUCACCUACCUCGUCUACAACGUGCUGGCUUUCCUCAUGUGUGCCACCUGCAACAGGAUCCUCCUGCAGAAAGACUAUGGAUUCUUGCGUGACAUCAGUAUCUUCCCACCACUGGUCACUGUGGGCAUCUAUGCUGCCACUCUCUCUGCAGCCAUGAGCAACCUCAUCGGGGCAUCCCGCAUCCUGUAUGCUCUGGCCCGGGAUGAUCUCUUUGGCCGGGCUCUGGCGCUGGCCAAGAAGACAUCUGCCAGUGGGAACCCAGUGAUGGCUGUGAUCCUCUCCUGGCUGGUGGUGCAGCUUGUGCUCUUUUCUGGGAAGCUCAACACCAUCGCAAGUGUCGUGACAAUCUUCUUCCUCCUGGUUUAUGCCACUGUCAACCUGGCCUGCCUGGCACUGGAAUGGGCCUCGGCCCCCAACUUCAGGCCCACUUUCCGGUACUUCACCUGGCACACGUGCCUGCUGGGCAUUGCAGGCUGCUGCGUCAUGAUGUUCCUCAUCAGCCCUGUGUCAGCCUCGGCGAGCCUGGGCUUCCUCCUUCUCCUCCUCCUUGCCCUUCACUACCUCUCACCCAGCAGCACUUGGGGCUACAUCAGCCAGGCCCUCAUCUUUCAUCAGGUGCGGAAGUACCUGCUGAUGCUGGAUGUGCGGAAGGACCAUGUCAAGUUCUGGCGCCCGCAGAUGCUGCUGAUGGUGCAGAACCCGCGAGGCAGUGCCCGCCUCAUCGACUUUGUCAAUGACCUCAAGAAGAGCGGCCUCUACGUCCUGGGCCAUGUGGAGCUGCAGGACUUGGACAUGCUGCCCUCGGACCCGCUGCAGCCCCAGCAGGACUCGUGGCUCAGCUUGGUGGACAAACUGAAUGUCAAGGCCUUUGUCAGCCUCACCCUUGCACCCUCAGUACGACAUGGUGUCCGGCAGCUCCUCUUCACCUCUGGCCUUGGCGGGAUGCGCCCCAACACCCUGGUGCUGGGUUUCUAUGACGACGAGGCACCGCAGGAUGGUCUGGCCCGGCACCCCGCCUUCACCAGCUCCCGUGAGGACGUUCCCCUGGGCUUCCCCCCGCUGCGGGCAGCCACCACUCCCAAACUACUGUCAGCCCGGGAGUAUGUGGGCAUUGUGGCUGACGCCCUGAAGAUGCUUCGCAAUGUCCUGCUGGCCCGGCAGCUGGAGAGCCUGGACAAGGCCUGGGAGCUGCGGCGGGCCGCCAACCCUCCACCCACCAUCCACGUCUGGCCAGUCAACCUGCUGCGGCCCGACAGCGCCCGCUACGCCGACACCUGCAGCCUGUUCCUGCUGCAGAUGGCCUGUGUCCUCAACAUGGCGCGGGCCUGGCGCCGGGCCCGUCUGCGCCUCUUCCUCUGCGUGGAGGCGGGCACCAUGCCCCAUGCCCAGGAGGAGAAGCUGCGCCAGCUCCUCAAAGACCUGCGCAUCCAGGCCCAGAUCCAGCUGGUGCCCUGGGAUACCAUCACCCGCCUGCACUGGCAAACCAGCCAGGGACCCCCAGGAGGGCCAGCGGAGGAGGAAGAGGAAGAAGGGGUUGUGAACUUCCCGACCAACACCACCCAAGUGUCAGAUGAGUACGUGUGUGCCGCCAACAAACUGGUCCUGGAGCAGAGCCCCGCGCCGGCUGUGCGCUUCCUGUACUUGCCGCGGCCGCCGGCUGACACCAGCCUCUACCCGCUCUACCUGCACCAGCUGGAGCUGCUCACCCGCGGGCUGGGCCCCACCGUGCUGGUGCACGGGGUGAGUGCUGUCACCAGCACCCAGCUCUAGGUGACCCCCAGGUCCCCCUCUGCUCCCUGCACACUCCUUUGCCCAGUGCCUUUAGCAGCCUUAGCCUGAGGAUGGCCCCAGUGUCUCCAUCAUGGUGGGCGAAGAGGGUACCCCACAGUGAGAGGUGGGUGCAGGGAGGGGGUUUGGUAUUCGGGGAUGUCUCCUGCGGAGGAUUAAAGCUGCCCUGGCAGGAUCCUGGCACAGCUCUGGGGCUGGACGGGCAGCACGGUGCAUUCACGGUGCCUUUUCUUUGGAGCAGGGCAUAGCAGGGUCCUGGGGGGGGCAAGCCCUGGGUGCCCCAGUUGUCUGCUGGGAGCCCCUUAGUUGCACCCUGCAACCCUCUCUGUAGUUCCUCCCCUGCCGCAGCCCCCAUCCUCUCCUCCGCCAGCUCCUCCGGGCACCCAGCCAGCAGCGGGGAUUGAUUAAAGGCAGCCUCGACCUUGGUGCCCCAGCUCCCCGCCAUCCUCCUGCCUUUCAUUAGGAAAAAUUAAAUGGGAAAGGAUGGGGGAGGGGAGCCUGGAGGCCUGGGCUCCCUGUGUGAGGUUGGGUGGGUGAGGGAAGCAGUCGGGUGCUGGCCCUAAUGGCUGCAGUGUAUGGCACCUGGAUCUUGCUCCGUACCCCCAAUGCUGUUGGAUGGGGGCCAUCCAGAUGCUUUCAUCUGUAGUCCCCCCACCCCUAUGGCUGCUGAUCCCUUGGUGCUGGCAGGAAAUGGGGAAAUUUUUUGUGGUGGGGUCCUUACCCACACACCUGGGUCUCCUGACCUGUUUCUUGGGGCAUUUUUAUUUCCCCACACACAUUAUGACCUGGAGGGGGAAGCUGGCCUUGCCCCCUGCCCUCCCUUAUUGAUUAGAGGAGGGCAGGAAAUUGCCUGGGUGCUGAACGAUAAAUCCAUCGGGUGCCUGCUGAGUGGGCAGUGUGCCCAGUGCUGCCUGAUGGAUUGCUUCCUAUUAGCCCCGGCACGGGGGGCUGCUCCCAGCCAGGCUGGGCUCCAGCAGAGGUGACAAGUGUGCUACUGCUGCCUGUGCCUGCUCUCACCAAACUUGGCAUUGCCGGCUGGCAGCUCUGGUCAGGCAGAGGGCUGGCAGGUGCUUGGGUGCAGCUGGGGGGAAAAAUGGUGGAGAGCCACAUUUUGCUGUGGAUUGUGCCCUGGCUGUGGAGGAGGGGGCUGGGGCUGGCUUUGCUCCCUGCUGCAGGAGCUGGGUGCCCUGGGGCAAGCACCACGCAUCCCGCGGGAUUUAUUUACAAACAGUCGGAAGCUGGCACAGGGCAGCCUGGCACCAGCGGGACCCGGAGGCCUAUAAUGUUAAUUAUCACCACGUAAUUAAAAGCCCAUAAAAAGCCUCACACUUCAUUAAA